AAUUCAGCGCGUACGGUCGAUGGAGGAUGAAGUUUCACGAGGAAUUGAUAAUUUUUCAUUUAGAUAACUUUACGCCUCGUGGCUGCUCGUGGCUAGCCUAGAUCAAGCUCUGCUAGCCGUCUUUAGUUGUAGUUUUACAAGUGCCGCUUUCAUUAAACGCGAGUAAUUUUUAAAUUUUUUCAAACUAAACGAAUUUGAAGAUUUUUUAUUUAACUGACAGUUCAAGUGUCAAAUAGUUGUCAUUAUGAGUAACCAAAAGACUGUGCCAAAUGCAGUGAAGUUUCUCAUAGGAGGAACCGCAGGAAUGGCUGCAACAUGUUUUGUUCAACCAUUAGAUUUAAUAAAAAAUCGUAUGCAAUUAAGCGGUACAAAAACAUCAACUAUGAGUAUAGUAUAUUCUAUAAUUGAAAAGGAGGGUUUCCUAGCAUUUUAUUCAGGUUUGUCUGCUGGUUUAAUGCGUCAAGGUACAUAUACAACUACCAGACUUGGUAUUUAUACCUGGCUGUUUGAAGUUGCUUCAAAGGACAGUCAACCUAACUUUGCUGUAAAAGCAUUGAUAGGUAGUACAGCUGGUUGUGUAGGAGCAUGCGUAGGUACUCCUGCAGAAGUUGCUUUAAUUAGAAUGACUGCCGAUGGCAGACUACCUCCUGGUAUGUCUAUAAUUUGUUCUUCCUUUGGUCAGGAUUUCUCAAUGCUGAACAGUGUUGUGUUUUUAGCUGAGAGACGCAAUUAUAAGAAUGUAUUUAAUGCGCUGGUUCGUAUAGUGAGAGAAGAAGGUGUUUUAGCAUUAUGGAGAGGCACUGUGCCAACAAUGGGAAGAGCUAUGGUUGUAAAUGCUGCUCAAUUGGCAUCGUAUUCUCAAACUAAAGAAAUUUUACUUAACACUGGCUACUUUAAAGAGAAUAUCACAUUGCACUUUGUAAGCUCCAUGAUUUCUGGUUUAAUAACAACUGCUGCUUCUAUGCCAGUUGACAUAGCUAAGACAAGAAUACAAAACAUGAAAAUUGUGGAUGGUAAGCCUGAGUUUAAAGGUGCAAUAGAUGUCAUAGUUCGGGUUUGUCGAAACGAGGGAUUAUUUUCAUUGUGGAAAGGUUUCUUCCCUUACUACGCUCGUUUAGGGCCGCACACUGUGUUGACAUUUGUUUUCUUAGAACAAAUGAACACAAUGUAUAAAACACAUUUUGCAUAACCAUAAAUAAUACGUAAAUAUGGCAAAUAUACGUGCAGUAAAUCGAUAUCUUCGAAAAGAUUUCAAACACUUAUUUAAUGCAAUUUUUAGUUAAUGCAUUGUCUUAUAAAAAAGAUUUCAAAAAAAUCUGUUUGUAUUUAGAAACAUUGUUGUAGGUUACAUUCACUCUUCCAGUGCAGUGUUCAUACUAUAUUAUUUGUGACUAGUGUGUGCUUUAUACAUGCUUCGUACAAAUCUUCGUCGAGAUAAAAAUGUGCUUGCAAAACGUUUUCUUUGUUACAAGUACUUUGUUAUUGUCUAACUUCCGUUUGUUUGGAAUUUUAUGUGAUUAUUAAUUCGAAAUUACAUCACAGUUGCGUAACUAUUGCAUGCAUAUUUUUACAAUGAUAAAUCUCAAUAUUUUUUUUUUGUACAAAAACGAUACAUUCUAUGAACAUUCUUCUAAGGAAACACAAAUCGUUUGAUACGAUUUUUUUACUCGUUAUUACCAUAGAAAAUAUAUAUUUUAUUUUUUGUUUUGUAAUAUUUAUAUUGUGUAAGAUUUCCUACCAUAAAAUUGCAACCCAAUUAAACUAUAUAAAACAAAUACAUUUUUAUAGUAUUUGUACGAAUGAGAUUGCAAUGAAUUGUACAAACUAUAGUGAUCAGCAACAUGUAUAGUUACUGCCAGUAUAUAUUCUUUGAAUUGUAUAAAUAAAUAUUAAAUAAACGGAAAAUGUUAUUUUUCUA